AUGGCGGACAGCUUCAGAAAUGCGAUGAUCAACCGAUCGCUUCGCGACAUAAAGAACAACCUCGAAUUCCUCGUCGAAUCCAAUGUCAUCACCUCGGCACAACACGACACCAUCGCAUCGCAACUCCCCGUCUCAGCCGAGAACAGCACGCGCGCCCUCCCCGCCGUGCCGACCGCCCAACUCUCCCAGAUGAACAUCAAGAGCGAGCCAACGCCUCCCCCAGAGAAGAAGAACACCAACAUCGGAUAUUACGCCGACAACACCGCCAAUGCGCCGCCGCCAGCCUACCCCUCUGUCCCCGCUACCCCCGCCGCGCCCGCUGUCCUCGCCUACGCCUCAGCAAUGUACCAGUACAACGCCCAAGACGCCGGCGACCUGGCUCUCAUGCCCAACGACAAGGUUGUCGUGACCGAGUACAUGAACAACGAGUGGUGGAAGGGACGCAACGAGCGCACCGGCAUGGAGGGUAUCUUCCCUGCUAGCUACGUCCGCAAGGAGGAGAAGAGCGUUAUGCCCGCCUACACUCCCUCAGCGCCCGCCCCCAGCAACUACGGCAACAUGCCUCUCGACGUCGCUUCGGGUGCGCAAGCGCCGCCCGCUGAGCCCAGCAAGAUGGAACAGAACGGCAAGAAGUUUGGAAAGAAGUUGGGUAACGCGGCUAUCUUCGGUGCUGGUGCGACGAUUGGUGGAAACAUUGUCAACUCCAUCUUCUAG